AUGGCUACCCGUACAAUUGAGGCGCGCUUCGAGCGCAUGUCCGUCAACGAUGAGAAUGAUCCCCUUGGCGACGGCUCCAAGCUCUACAGCAAGACAAAGACUAUGGUCUCAUCUACCACAUCACAAAGUAUACAUGGAGCCUCUCGGCCCAACCUCUUCAAAGUCGCCCUCCAGUCGCAAAGCAGCAAUACCAACGCUGCUGUGAUGCUGCCAUCCCAGGCUGCUCAACGAAAAGUCAAUAACGCGCCUCCAUCUCCUACAAGAAAAGCACUUCCAUCUUCUUCAAGGACGUCGAAUGAAGCUCAAGAUGAACGAAAAUCAGUCACACUGCCAGAGCAAAUCAGCGUCCCUAAGCAGUUCCACCUCGGUAUGUUCGAGAUUGGCCGACCUCUGGGCAAGGGCAAGUUUGGGCGAGUAUACCUUGCUCGAGAGAGAACAACAGGCUUCAUCUGCGCCCUCAAGGUCCUCCACAAGAAUGAAUUGCAAGCAGGCCGUGUUGAGAAGCAGGUUCGCCGAGAGAUCGAGAUUCAAAGCAACCUGAGACACCCCAACAUCCUUCAGCUCUACGGCCACUUCCACGAUAGCAAGCGAGUAUUCUUGAUUCUCGAAUUCGCUGGCAAGGGUGAACUAUACAAGCACCUCCGAAAAGAGAGCCGGUUCCCCGAGUGGAAGGCAGCCCAGUACAUCGCCCAGAUGGCAUCGGCAUUGCGCUAUCUGCAUCGAAAGCAUGUCAUCCAUCGGGAUAUCAAGCCUGAGAACAUUUUGGUUGGUAUCCAUGGUGAGAUCAAAAUCUCGGAUUUCGGAUGGAGCGUGCACGCUCCCAACAACCGAAGGAAGACCAUGUGUGGUACUCUUGACUACCUCCCUCCUGAGAUGAUCAAGCCAGGCACCUCUGACAACUUUUACAACGAGAAGGUCGACCUGUGGAGUUUGGGCGUUCUGACGUAUGAGUUCCUCGUGGGUGAAGCGCCCUUCGAGGAUACGCCAGUGAUGACUCAACGAAGGAUUGCUCGUGCUGAUAUGUCAAUUCCUUCAUGGGUCAGUCCUGAGGCUACUGACCUCAUCAAGAAGCUCUUGGUGUUGGAUCCUGAGAAGCGAAUUCCUCUUGAGCAGAUUCAGCAACACCCCUGGAUCAUCAAGCAUUGCGUCAAGGGUGAGCGUGCAUCUAACCGCGAGAAGGCGCAAUAA